AUGGGUUCAUCAAUUCAACGGGCCCCAUUGAGGUCAUGCAUCCAACUCGGUCAGUCAAGAGUAAGACUUCAGAUGUGGCCACGGAGAUUCUAUUCUUUCCCGCACAGAAUCAAGGGUGAAGCUUUCGACAUCGUAGUGUCGUCCCUACAUAAUGGCGGGUCAUUCGCCAUAUCAAAUCGAUCCAAACUAGGGAUAUCCGAAGCGAACGUCACACAGUCUGCCAUAACGCGCCGAAAUGGCGAAGGUACGAAUACAGAUAUAGAUAUGAUCAUACAACCAGAGCCCAUAGAACCUGACUAUCUACAACAGCUCAUUGAGAGCCAUAACCCAGAGGUCCUCGAGGCCGGCGUUGGUAUAGGUCUCAAACUACUGGAUCAGUUGAAGAGCAUUCUCGAGCAAGGUCGAGGAAGGGAGGACUUCGAACCGUGGCUGAAGUCAAUAGAAUACUUGCAGAGUCGGACUCAGCCACCUCGCUCUAUUAUUGGUGUAGUUGGCAAUACCGGAGCGGGAAAGUCUAGCAUUAUCAAUGCUCUUUUAGAUGAGGAUAGGCUUUUGCCCACGAACUGUUUACGAGCGUGUACUGCCUCGCCGACUGAGAUCUCGUACAAUUACUCGACUGAUCCUAGUAGUUCAUAUCGAGCUGAGAUUGAGUUCAUCAACCAGGAAGAAUGGAUUCAUGAGUUGAAGAUCUUGUUCAGUGAUCUUCAAACCAGCAAUGUCGAUGACUCUCAGAAGCCCAAUUUUAGGGAUGGCAAUGCUGCAAUUGCCUACGCAAAGCUGAGGGCUGUCUAUCCAACCAAGACGAAGGAUAUGUUGACAGGAGGCACCCCCAAGUCCUUUGCAAACGAUCCCGCCAUUCAGGGUUUAUUCGGUAGUGUCAAGACACUAAACGAGGACUCGGCGUCUGGACUCUAUGAUGGACUUCAGCAAUACAUCGAUAGCAAGGAUGCCACCAACGAAAACUCGCAAAUGGAGUACUGGCCGUUGAUUAAAGUUGUCCGUAUCUACACUAAAGCAGCGGCCCUCUCAACUGGGGCUGUCAUUGUUGAUCUGCCCGGUGUCCAAGACUCCAAUGCCGCUCGUGCGGCCGUUGCUGCAAAUUACUUAAAGCUGUGUACCGGGUGUUGGAUUGUCGCCCCGAUCACACGAGCCGUUGAUGACAAGACAGCAAAAACGUUACUCGGCGACUCGUUCAAGCGCCAACUCAAGUACGAUGGUAUUUACUCGGCAGUAUCAUUCAUCUGCUCCAAGACCGAUGAUAUCUCGAUAACGGAAGCGGCGGAAAGUCUUGGUCUUGAGGGAGAAAUAUCCGCAGCCUGGAACCAGACCGAAGAUCUUAAGAGAAGGGAAAGGGACUUGAAGAUGAAAGUUGGCGAUCUGGAGGAAGUCAAGAGCGAGUAUAUCGAUAAGCUUGAUGAUUACGAAGUGAAGUUGGACAUUUGGGGGGGGCUACAAAGACAACUGGCCACAGGGAAGACCGUCUACGCUCCCUCUACUGAAGAGUCCAAGACGAGGGAGGUGGGUGGAGUAGACCGGAACCUCCCGUCUUGCAUUAGUGACGACAAUGGUUCCAUCGAAUCUGGCCUCAAUGACUCGACCUCUACUCCGAAUGGUGAACCUCUAGACGAAGAUUCGAUCAAUGAAAUGCUCAGAUUCGUCAACUCAGAGCGGAAGCGGCUCUACGAGGCAAGGAACGCGGUGGAUGCGGAAGUAAUCAAAACUUGGAAGGAUAUUCAAGGUGUAAUAGCGAAGCGAGAAGAAAUACUUGCAUCGUCGAAAGCUAUCUGCACGCAAAAACGCAAUGACUACGCUCGAAAGGCUAUCCAGUAUGAUUUUGCUAUGGGCAUAAAAGAGUUAGAUCAAGAGAACGCUGUGGAAAACGAGGAUGCAUUCGACCCAGAGCACGACAUGCGCGACUACGAGAAAGUAGCUCGCAGUCUGCCAGUCUUCUGUGUCAGUAGUCGCGGGUAUCAGAUGCUUAGUGGAAGACUCCGAACGGAUGACUUCUACAACUACGGCUUGUCAGUAGAUGACACGGAAAUUCCGAAGCUUCGUGAACAUGCGAAGAACCUGACAGUAGGAGGGCGGAUAAGUCACAGCCGUUGGUUCCUGAACGAUUUGCUCCAGCUAGUCAACUCGAUGAAGAUAUGGGCCGUGAACGAUGGCAACCAGUCAACUCUGACUGAACUGAAAAGGAAACGGGAGGAGAUUCAUCUAAGGAAACUCCUUAAUAACUUGGACAAAGGGUUGGACUCCUUCGUCAAGAAUUCAAUGGUUACGCUACAGCAAACAUUGGAUGAGAAUAUUUACAAAGCAUUCGAGGCUCUGAUUCCGCAAGCUGUAAAUGACGCCGUACCAACAGCCAAGAGCUGGGGUGCCCCUCGAUCUGAAGGAGGCUUACAUUGGGAUUCGUAUAAGGCAACUGUACGCCGCAACGGCGUAUUCUCUGGCGUCACAGGCAAACGCGAUUUCAAUGCCGAGCUGUUAGACCCGAUCUCUCGCAAUCUUGUCAGUGGGUGGGAGCGGACAUUCCAACGCCGUGUGCCGGCCAUUCUAGAUGAGUUUACGAAGCAAACUAAGCGUCUACUCAAACACGUCCAUCAGGUAGCUCACACGCGAGCUAUGCAAAGACAGAUGCGAACUUCAACCCUACGUACCUUACUCAACCAAACCUUGGCUCAAAUCCGCACGCUAGAAUUUCUGAGGAAUGGACUACAUGGCACCGUGACACAAAUCCAGAAGGAGGCAAAUCGAGCUUUCAUGCCCGUGAUCCUGGAUUCUAUGAUGGAUGCGUACUGUACCUGUUCAGCUGAGAAGGGGGCAGGACAAUACAAUCGCAUGAAGGCAAUCAUGGAAGGCCACGUCAAGUCCACUAGGCAUACAAUGUUCCGUGAGGCCACAGAUAAAGUCAAGGCACAGCUCCAAUCAAUGGGUGAUAGUAUAGGGCUGCAAAUGGCGGACCGCGUCAGAAACAUAUUCGAUGCUGUGUUUCGGGACUAUAUGAAAGUUAUUGUCGGUAUUGAGGUGGACAGGUAUAUCGAGCUGUCGCCGGAAGAGAUUGCCAUCCGCGCGACUAUUGAUGAUAUCCUGUGUGAGGGAGAUAUUCUCUUCAACCUACCAGAAGGAACUCGAGGACCGGAGCCCGGCAUUAUCAAAGGUGUGCCUACAACAUCGACGGCUCACACGGAAAAGGAGGUAAAUGGCGAUGACUACCAGGUGGAGCCCAAGGCGGAGUUACACAGGUCUACUUCAGCUCCUAUUGCAGCAUGA